AGCAUCUCACAGCGAAGUUCCUCCACCUCAUCCUGGGACAAUCAACACAGAAAUGCAAAAAUCAUUCAUUGUACAAGGAGGGUAAACCAAGGAAAGGGUAGUGUGUUUGGCUGUGUGUGAUGCUUGGAGAGACGCAGGGCUGCAGAGACAGGCCAGUGGUGGAAACAUGACUUCUGAGUAACACCGAGUUACUUUCUCUGCUCAGUAUGAACAAUGAAGAGGAAUUCUACGACGCUGAGACAGGGCUGGAGUCGGAUGAUUCCUGUGAGGUCAGUUUUAAAGAUGCCCUGGUGUUUGACAGCAAGCAGGUGACUGAUGGCAGUGCCACACGGGAGAAUGACGUGUGGGAGCGCAGAAAAGUCCUGCCCGCCGCAAUGAUCUCCAGAAGCAGUUUCAGUAUCUGGAGCAUAUUGAAGAAAUGCAUCGGCAUGGAGCUGUCCAAAAUAGUGAUGCCAGUUGUGUUUAAUGAGCCGCUGAGUUUGCUCCAGAGGAUCUCGGAGUACAUGGAAUGCACACACUUGAUCUACAAAGCCUGCGGUUUAUCGGAUUCUGUAGAUCGUAUGCAGGUUGUUGCUGCGUUUGCUGUUUCAACAGUAGCGUCUCAGUGGGAAAGGACUGGAAAACCAUUUAAUCCUUUACUGGGGGAGACGUAUGAACUCAUCAGAGAGGAAGAGGGUUAUAGAUGGAUCACGGAGCAGGUGAGCCAUCACCCCCCUGUCAGUGCCUUCCAUGCAGAGUCUCUGAAGCAAGAGUUUGAGCUUCAUGGCUCCAUGUGCCCGAAACUCAAGUUCUGGGGGAAAAGUGUGGAGGUUCAGCCCAGAGGCACCAUGACACUGGAGUUACUCAAACAUAAAGAAGUGUACACAUGGACAUAUCCAAAGUCAUGUGUGCAUAAUGUCAUCUUGGGAAAACUCUGGAUCGAGCAAUAUGGAACUAUGGAAAUAGUCAACCACAGCACAGGACAUAAGUGCAUAUUGAACUUCAAACCAUGUGGCAUGUUUGGGAAAGAGCUGCACAACGUAGAAGGUCAUAUCCAAGACAAAAGUAAGAAGAAUCAACAGGUGAUCUAUGGGAAGUGGACAGAGUGCAUGUACAGUGUGGACCCCAAGGUUUAUGAAGUUUACAAGAAGACAGGGGGAGACUCAGAAAAGCUGAGACAGGAACAUAGUUAUGAAGGUCAGGAGGCAGAUGAUAUGCCAGAAGUUAAAGAGUCUGUGACUGUGAUACCAGGAAGUGCCUUACUGUGGAGGAUAACACCGCGGCCCGCCCACUCAGCACAGAUGUAUAACUUCACCAGCUUUGCCAUAACACUAAACGAGCUGGAGCCUGACAUGGAGAGAAUACUGGCCCCAACAGACUGUCGGCUAAGGCCCGACAUCAGGGCCAUGGAAAAUGGAGACAUAGACACAGCAAAUUCAGAAAAAGAGCGGGUAGAGGAGAAACAAAGGGCUGCACGCAGGCAACGCUCCCAGAAUCAGGAGGAGUGGUCGACCAGGUGGUUCCAGCUGGGCAUAAACCCUCAUACAGGAGCAGAAGACUGGCUGUACACAGGUGGAUACUUUGACAGGAAUUACACCGACUGUCCCGACAUUUAUUGACACAUGGGGUGCACAGUUUGAAGCUUUCUUUUGUCUCAGCGUCUAGUAGUUGUGUCUGUGGUGUUCUUAAUCAAUGAAAAGCUGAUAUCAAAAUGCUGUCAGACAGUUGAUCAAAUUACCUGCAAAUGACUGUGAACGUUCUCCACAGGAAAAAAAAAAUGGAAUACGAAUGUAAAUUUUAGAAUUUACUUCUAUUUUAGUUGGCACUACACUUCCCUACAAUGUCACAAGUACGAUUAUUUUCUGUGAAUAGAGACAUACAGUAGAAACAACAGCUGCUUAUAAUCAUGUUUAAUGCCACAUUAAACAAAUAUUGUUGGUACAUUAUAUUGUUGUCCAUUGUAACAUAGAUAAUGUGCAUAAUAAGUGGUGCAUGCAUUGUCACCAGGAUGAUUAUUUAUACAAGACAAAGCCAUAAAACCUUUUUCUGCAUAUAUUAAUUAUAUAUAUGCUGGAUACAGAGAAUCUCGGUUUAAAGCAGAGGGUUUUCAAAGCACCAGAAAUGUGGUGAUUAUUAAGCACGUUCUUAAUUAGAAGGUGUUGCAAAGCUGUGUCACAUUGAUUCCUGAUCACUGCCAUUGUCUUGACACAUGGACAGGUUGUCCUGAUUGUUUGUAUCCUGUUCGAGGUCCAAAGUUUUUGGACACAGUAGUGACAAAUGAGACAGGACGUUCUAAGCGUCAUGAACCUAUGCAAACUGACCCAGGCCAUCUGCCCUCUAGAAAUACGAAGAACAAAAAACUCUUGAUUCCUCUUCAAUCCAGAAGCCGAUGUGCGCUUCAGACAUUACAAAGGCAUAAUAUAACCCUUACAUACAUAUUGUAGAGCAGAGCCUUUUGUUUCCAAGCACUAACCGUGUAUUAAACUGCACAUUUGACUGCUCACAGUACUAUGCACAUAUCUUAUAGUGAAAUGUCUGACAUUGUCUUCUGCCAGCUGCUCUCGGCUUUACUCUGAAUUCAAAGCACUUUGUGAUGCCUGCAGAUUCAGUCUGAUGGUUCUUCUGAUCUCACGCUCUCUGCACGCUCUUUUUUGUCUAGCAUCCAUUUCAAAAUGUUUACAUUGUAUGUUCAUUGAUCACUGUUUAUCUUCUCUUCUUGCUGUUACCAUACACCACCAUAUGCAUACAAGGCAUACUUAAAAAAUAAAUUAUGGA